AUAGGUCAAUGUGUCCUUCCACACGUGUUUUCGGUAAUCCUUCAGAGGCAGCAGUCAACGUGGAGCAACUCGGCAGUCGUGUGCUGUCAGACUAAUUUAUUCUUUCUUCCAGCGCCUUAAUUUUUACCUUCAGUCAUGCUGAAGUCAGUUGUCCGCGCGGUGGGAGCCGCUGUUCGCAUUUCCUCAGCCACCACGUCCACAGCCCGAGCUCUGCCACUGAGCUGCACGACACUGUGUGCCCCAAGUUCGGCCACAACUCGGCCCUUCACCCGGUCUCUGUGGAUGCUGAAUAACAACGGAGCCUCGUCGGGAUACAGGCCGAAACUGUUCAGUUCAAAAGUGUUGGGUCCCUCGGUGUCGUGUGGAUGUGGAGGACUGCAUACAGAAGGUGACAAAGCGUUUUGUGAUUUCCUGUCUGAUGAAAUCAAAGAGGAGAGGAAGAUCCAGAAAACUAAAGCCCUACCUAAGAUGUCUGGAGGAUGGGAGCUGGAGAUGAACGGCACAGAGGCUAAACUUACGAGAAAUGUUGGCGGAGAAAAAAUCACUGUCACAUUCAACGUCAAUAACAGCAUUCCUCCUAACUUUGACGAAGAGGCAGAACAGGGACAGCAGAAGCCAGCAGAAGAAGAGCCAGAAAUUGUGUCAACACCCAACUUUGUUGUUGAAGUAACAAAACAGGCUGCAAAACAUGCCCUGGUGUUUGACUGCCAUUUCCCUGAAGAUGAGAUGAGUCAUGGUGAAGGAGAAGAGGAGAGCGACAUCUUCGCCAUCCGUGAGGUCAGUUUCCAGCCUGAGGGAGACUCUGAGUGGAAGGACACCAGCUAUACACUCAACACAGACUCUCUGGACUGGGCUCUGUAUGACCACCUGAUGGACUUCCUGGCUGACCGGGGGAUUGACAACACUUUUGCAGAUGAACUGGUGGAGCUGAGCACCGCCGCCGAGCAUCAAGAGUACAUUAAGUUCCUGGAAGAGCUCCAAGGCUUUGUCAAAUGUAACUAAUGUUAGAUAUAAAACUUAAAUUUCACCCUUCUUCAGUACACAUCCUGGCAGAGUUGGAGGUAUGAUGAUCCAGUUCUAAUGAUGCAGCACUGAUUUAUCGAUUGAUACCAUUGGCACUGUAAAGAGACUGAUGAUUACUUGCUUUAGUGUCCGUGACAUUGAGCCAUGUUGCCACCAGCCGUCACGUUAAGUCAUGCUGCAAAUGUGUUCUCUAUGUUAAAAUGUGACUUUAUUUUUCUGUAAGUUAAAUUUAAAUUAAAUAUAUGAAGGUCAUGAAUGACGCAGGUCACAAAUGUCUCUCAGUUUUAGAGUUCCUUUUGUAACUGCACUGAUUUGAUAACGGUCCACUCAAUACUUGUGAAUGUCCAACUAACCUAAAGCCAAUAAAGGGACGAUUUCUCAAGAAACUCCAUGACAUGAAACAAUUUACAGAAUCAGUCCUCACUUCAAUGUAUGUGACAGCCUCUGGUUUUUGGCGAGUCUGCAGAGUAUGAAUGAUCCUUGUUGAAUAAAACAGUUUGAUAUUAA